CUUGCCGCACCCGGAAGGGGGUUGAGCCUCGGCGGUGGCGCCAAAUCUCGAACAUGGCGCCCGAGCGGUUGCGGAGCCGGGCACUCUCCGCCUUCAAGUUGCGCGGCUUGCUGCUGCGAGGGGAAGCUACUAAGUACCUCACAGAAGCUCUUCAGUCUGUCAGUGAAUUAGAGCUUGAAGAUACCUUGGAAAAGAUCAUCGAUGCAGUGGAAAAGCAGCCCUUGUCAUCAAACAUGAUCGAACGAUCUAUAGUGGAAGCAGCAGUCCAGGAAUGCAGUCAAUCAGCUGAUGAAACUAUAGAGCAUAUUUUCAAUAUCAUAGGAGCUUUUGAUGUUCCUCGCUUUGUGUACAAUUCAGAAAGAAAAAAAUUUCUCCCUCUGUUAAUGACUGAUCACCCUGCACCAAAUUUAUUUGGAACAGCAAGAGAUAAAGCAGAGCUGUAUCGUGAACGAUACACCAUUUUACAUCAGAGGACCCACCGUCAUGAAUUAUUUACUCCUCCAGUGAUCGGUUCUCACCCUAAUGAAAUCGGAGGCAAAUUCCAGCUUAAAACAGUAGAAACUUUAUUGGGUAGUACAACAAAAAUCGGAGAUGUGAUUGUUCUUGGAAUGAUAACCCAGUUAAAAGAGGGGAAAUUUUUUUUGGAAGAUCCUACUGGAACAGUACAAUUGGAUCUUAAUAAAGCUCAGUUCCAUAGUGGUUUAUACACAGAGGCGUGCUUUGUCCUGGCAGAAGGUUGGUUUGAAGAUCAAGUGUUUCAUGUCAAUGCCUUUGGGUUUCCACCCACUGAGCCCUCGAGUACUACCAGGGCAUACUAUGGAAAUAUUAAUUUUUUUGGAGGGCCUUCUAAUAUAUCUGUAAAGACUUCUGCAAAACUAAAACAACUCGAAGAUGAGAACAAAGAUGCCAUGUUUGUGUUUAUAUCUGAUGUCUGGUUGGACCAAGUAGAAGUGUUGGAAAAACUUCACACAAUGUUUUCUGGUUAUUCACCAGUACCUCCAACCUGCUUUAUUCUGUGUGGUAAUUUUUCAUCAGCACCAUAUGGGAAAAAUCAAAUUCAGGCUUUGAAAGUAGUCGUUUUGUAUUCGUGCCUGGUCCAGAGGAUCCUGGAUUUGGUUCCAUUUUACCAAGGUAACUUUCACUCAGAUUUUUGCAAUGGUCAAGAACAUUCUGUGAAAUUGCAAAGUACGUAUCAUAACACAUACACUUUUUAUAGGCCGCCACUUGCGGAAAGCAUCACUAAUGAAUUCAGACAACGGGUGCCAUUUUCAGUCUUUACUACUAACCCCUGCAGAAUUCAGUAUUGUACACAAGAAAUUAUUAUCUUUCGUGAAGACUUGGUGAAUAAAAUGUGCAGAAACUGUGUCCAUUUUCCUAGUAGCAAUUUGGAUAUUCCUAAUCAUUUUGUGAAGACUGUCUUCUCCCAAGGCCAUCUGACGCCACUGCCUCUUUAUGUCUGCCCAGUGCACUGGGCCUAUGACUAUGCCUUGAGAGUGUAUCCUGUGCCUGACCUACUUGUCAUUGCAGACAAAUACGAUCCUUUCACCGUGACCAAUACCGAAUGCCUCUGCAUAAACCCCGGCUCUUUUCCAAGAAGUGGAUUUUCAUUCAAAGUUUUUUAUCCUUCCAACAAGACAGUAGAAGACAGCAAACUUCAAGGCUUUUGAUUCUUAAAGACCAUCUGAAGAAAAAAUUGAUGUUUUCUGCUUUAUAUCUUUAUAUAAUUGAUAUUAAGUUAUAAUAAAAUUAUAGACUAGACUUCUGCUUAAAUGUUUUAUGAAAUUUGAUGUUAUUAAUAAAUAUGAUGGUAUUUAUAGUCUUA